AGAGAGAAAGUACUGUUUCUCUUGUGUUUCUUGCCUUGGAUUUAAAUAGCAGGAUCUCUCUCUCUCUCUCUCUCUCUCUCUCUCUACAUACCCUCUCAUUACAACACACACACUCUCCCUCUUUGAAACUACUAGUUUGUAGAGAGAGAGAGAGAGAGAGAGAGAGAGAGAGAGAGAGAGAGAUGAGUGCAACCAAGUUCAUAAAAUGUGUCACAGUUGGGGAUGGGGCAGUGGGGAAAACAUGCAUGCUCAUCUGCUACACCAGCAACAAGUUCCCUACUGAUUAUAUUCCCACUGUAUUUGACAAUUUCAGUGCUAAUGUUUCUGUGGAUGGAAGUAUUGUCAACUUGGGAUUGUGGGACACUGCAGGACAAGAAGAUUACAGUAGACUGAGGCCACUUAGCUACAGGGGAGCUGACAUUUUUGUGUUGGCUUUCUCUUUGAUUAGCAGGGCAAGCUAUGAGAAUGUUCUCAAGAAGUGGAUGCCCGAACUUCGUCGAUUUGCACCAAAUGUUCCGAUCGUUCUCGUGGGAACUAAGCUAGAUCUUCGUGAGGACAAAGUGUAUCUCGCCGAUCACCCCGGUGCUUCUAUUAUAACUUCGGCGCAAGGCGAAGAGCUCCGGAAGCAAAUAGGAGCUGCCGCGUACAUCGAAUGCAGCUCAAAAACCCAACAGAACAUUAAAGCUGUUUUCGAUACGGCGAUCAAAGUGGUUCUUCAGCCUCCGCGAAGGAAGGAGAUGAUUCCGAAGAAAAAGACUAGAAGAAGCUCCGGAUGCAUGAGCUUUAUGUGCGGAAGCGUGUGCGUCGCGUAGGGCUUAACUUUAAUGCUUGUUUUUGGACCUUUUGGUAUACUAAUCAGAAGGACUUUCCUUUAGAAUGUAUGAUGAUGUAUUAAUGUUUAGCUGGGAGGGAACUUUUUGUUCUCUCAUGGUUUUGGCUUUUGGGAUCAGACUUUUUGUAGUUGCUGUAAAAGAAAGGAAAUGUUAAACACUUUUAGUUGUUUACUUAUUGAAGUUUUGUGGUUUCA